AUGAGAACAAUACCGCUGAUUGUAAUGAAUUAUUUAUUUUUAAUUACAUUUUGUAGUUGGAAUAUAAAAAUUACAUUACAAAAUAAUCAGAGUAAUACAAUUCAACAACUAGGUUUAAUAGAUUAUCCUAAUAAAAAGAGUACUAUAAUUAUUGAAGCUUCAUGGGAUGAAACUGAUAAGAAUCAAACCCAAGUUAUGGUUCAGGCUGGAGAAUCAAAAAUAUUUAUAUGCAGUAUAUGGACUUUAGAAUCAGAUGAUAACCAUGAUUUCGACUCAGGGACUCAUGAAACUGAACAAUCUGUUUUCCUAUUUUGUCCAAUGAGUGUUGCAUACUGUGCUCAGGAUUGUUUAUUGGUGGAUUCUACAUGGCUACUUCAGUGUACCAGACAAUUUAGAAUAGUCCCUAAUCCUGAAUUAUUAUGGACGUCACAGUUAAAGAAUUCAAAGAUUACAAAAGGUUGGCGUUUGCAAGAAGUUAUUUAUAAACUGGAUAUUGCUACAACUACUUCUGCCGGAUUUUGGGGCUGCACGUAUGGUGGUUAUCGCUCUAAUAGCUUGGAGCUAAUUGUGAGAGAUAGACCAGCACUGCUAUAUUUGACUUCAAGUCCGGCUAACCCUGUCAAAAUUGGAACUAAUGUCAAACUAACAUGUGAGGCUGCACCUAGUCCUAAAGCUCCAUGGUACACGUUUGUCUGGCGUCGAAUAGGAACUCAAAUGCCACCUGCUCAUUCAACGUUGCGUAUAUCUGAUACAAUCUCCGUAUUGACGCUUUUAUCUGUACAACCGUCUGACGAUGGAGUAUAUAGCUGUCAUAUAUUACAAUCUCAAUCGAAUUCAUUAAAUGAAGAAAUGUGGGAAGACAGUGAAAACGUGACUUCAGGAUCAAGCAACUCAUCUGAGAAACUGAGAUUUAAAAAGGAUCCAACAGUACGUCGGUUACACUUGGAAGUAUUUCAUCCCCCUACUUCCUUAAAUGUAACAGUUCAACCUCAUGGGCCUUAUAGAGCACAAACAAAUGUCACAUUCACUUGUCAUAUACAUGGUGGUAAACCAAAGCCAUUGAUUUACUUUUAUCGCAUAAAUGUUCCGCUUGAUAAUGAAAAUAUUUCACUGAUUCGUUCAAAUUCUUUCACUUCGAAACAUAUCCUAGAAAAUAUAACUCAGACAACAGAAUCUACAGAAUUAAAGUGGCAAUUAACAGAAGCUGAUAAUACUGCCAGUUUUGGAUGUGCUGCAACAAGCCCAAUCAUUAAAGAUCAAAUGUUCUCGCUAUUUAUUAAAGUUAAAAUUAUUUUUUCACCUCAAGAUCCUAUCCUGUCUUCCGUACCACAUGGUCCAGUAAGUGAAAAUCGUACUAAAGUAUUUACAUGUCAGUCUUCAAAAGGAAGCAAUCCAAGAGCGAAAAUUUUAUGGGAAUUGACACCUGCAAUGGAGUAUUUGUCUACAGUAUCAAAAAGAGGUUCUAAAUCAAAUGAAAAAGAAACAGUCAUGAAACCAACGACAAAUUCUGACUUUGAAUAUAUAAUGUCGGACAUCUAUUCGGAUACCAAACACGAUCCUAACAAUGGGGGUUAUAUAGCAUACAGUGAAGUACGUUUAACUGGACGACCAUGGUUCAACGGUGCACGGGUAUCUUGCCACUUAAUUUGGAAUGAGGAAGGAAACUACAGUGUGAAACAAGUUUCGGACGCUACCAAUCAUAUGAUUACAUAUCAAAAAACAGCUUACCUUCUUACUGAAGUAUUUUUUUGUCCAUCAGCAAUUAAUUUGAUUGCAAUUCCCCAAAAUGGAAUUCAAGAAACAUCCGGUGAGCAAAUACUUGAAUGUACAGCCACAUCAUCUCAUCCUCCUGCAAUGAUCACUUGGUUCAAGCAUAAUUCUUCAGAUAGUGUACAAAAGACCACUACAGAAAGUGUAAUGAUGGAAAAUUCUUUGAUAAAAAUUGAUACAAAUUAUCAACCAAAUUUAAAAAUUACAACUGAAACAUUCCCUGGAAUCUAUGGUGGAAAACGUGUGGUUAGCAGACUGAAAUUAAGUAACAUUUCCAGAAUCUCCGAUGGUAUGCUAUUCACCUGUUUAGUAAAACAUAUCGAGUGGACAGAAUCAAUUAGUCGUACACAUCAAUUAAUGGUAUUAUAUCCACCAACGCUAAAAUUAAAAAUUAUUCCACAAGCAAUGGAAGAUCGUCUAAAGUCUAAUAGUAUUACUCUAAUCUGUAAUGCUGAAGGUGGUCAACCGAAAUAUUUUGAGAGCGAAACUGACUUUCUAGAUGGUAUCCAUUAUGAAAAUAAAUUUUCAAAAAGUCAAGGAACUUCACUUAGUAAAGAUAAACAUAAUAUGUGGACAUUCUACUGGAAAUUUCGUCCUCAAUACCCUGAAAACUGGAUGCAGUUGACUAAUCAAGAAAUACUUUUCAACGAGUUAAAUAUGUACCGAUCGAAUAAACUAAUUUUAAAUUAUCCAGGGAGGAAACAAGCUGGUGACUAUACAUGUUUACUUGAAGGUCCAACAAGUACAGCACAAGUGACUAGCCAUUUAGAAUUCACAUUCGCACCCGAGUUAGCACCACCAGGAAUUACAUCAGUAACGUCCGCAGUUGGUUCACAUACCGUAAUUGAACUUCAUAUAUGGUCAUAUCCUGUACCUUCAUCUAUACACAAUCCAAGAGAUACUAAAAUAAAACAUAUUGUGACUGAAAACUGUAAUCUUCAUGAAAUUAAUUCACAAAUACCAUAUGAAAUCAAAACACAAAAGAAAACGUAUACUUGGUACAAGGUUACUACUGAGAGAUCAGCAUCAGGUGUAAAAAUACUCCAAAAAGAAUUAGUACUCGAAAACUGGGAACCACAUAUACGGUUGAAACAAUUUUCUUCUGGUAUUAAUAAAAGGCAACUAAUUUGGACUGAUGCAAUACUUAUUGACUUUCCAUACUAUGACACGGAUAUACAAAUUAGACAAAAUGAUAGUGGAAGUAGAAGUACAUUGCGAAAAAUACCGACAAUUGUUUAUCGACUGUUUCUAAGCCCAAUUACAGAAAAGGAUUACGGGGAAUAUAUGUGUGAAUUAGAACACGUGGAAGGAAGAAAACAGUUUUUCAUGCAAGUACAACCACCUGGUAAUCCACCGAUCAAUGUAAAGAACGUGCGUUUUACACGUGAUGAUUGGAGGAUUCGAGUUUACUUUGAUCCGUUAUAUUUUUUCAAGACCAGCGAACAUGGUUUACCUGUUUCAGAAGAAAACAAAAACCAUAUUGUUACGACAAAAUCUACUUCAAACAUCGUCACAGGCAACUCACUCAGUUCACUUCCUAUAAAGAGUGACAACAGUCAACAAUCUCAAUGGAAAAUGUUAAUCAGAAUAUGCGCAUCAAAUUAUUACAGGCGCGAACAAUCAUCUGAGGAUAUAAUAAAAGAAUGUUCUUCAUCACAAUCCACAAUUAAAACUCUGAAGAAACCAAAUUAUCGUUCUUGGUUAGAUUUGUAUAAAUCAUUUCCUAAUUAUAAAUAUCAAACAACUUCCCUCUCAAAUGAGUGUAUUGAUAAGCUAGUUGAAAACCCUGAACAGGGUAAAAUUGAAAUUCCGCUCAUAUAUUUAUUUAAUAAUACAUUCUAUAACACUUCUCUUCUAAAAUCCGAAAACAAAUCCAACGAAAUAGUCGAGAUAAAUAAUUUGUUGUCCGAUGAUAUUUCAACCGACACACCUCAAGGAAUUUACGUUCACUGGUCCGAAAAAGAAAAAUUAACUUAUCAGUUUAGAUUUUACGAUGAAAGUGGGAGUCUGGUUUACGCAACCGACUGGGUCGAUGAAGAAAACGAUGGUUACUAUGAUGAAUCCACUUUGUCCAUCUUCAGUUAUCAGAAUACCUACUUGUGGAUUGUAAUAAUUGGUGCAAUCUUCUUUCUUCUCUUAGUCAUUCUAUUUGUGUUUGUAUUGUGCAAACGAUUAAACAAUAAAAAUGAUUUUCAGACACCUAAUAAUCACAGUUCAACACCAUUGAAUAAAUCUAUUAUUAAUUCUACGACCACCUCACCAAUAGCAAGUUGUAAAUUACAAGAAAAUUUCUAUGUAGCUAACUUAUCAGUUGUUGAUAGUCCUUGUUCAUUAUUAGGCAGAAAUGAAAGGGUCAUUAAUAAAGAAUUCCCAUUAUUGUAUAAUAAAGAUGUACAAAAGAGAAAUGACUAUCAUAGAGGAGAAAUCACUGGUGAAAAUUUACCUGCAACUAGUAUAUCAAAAAAUCUAUAUGAAUUACGCUAUAAUCAACUGGGAUUAUCGCAUAAUCAGUUCUCUGGUGAAGCCCUCAGUGAUGAACUGCAGUCAACAUCUCCAGAAACUAAUUCACCUAUAGUAUCCCACUUAACUCCCAUACCAAUUAUCCGAUCGAAUGAAAUAGCGCCUUCUACACCACUUCUACUUUACAACAGUUGUUGUACGAAUAGAAAGUUUAGUGUUGGAAUGAACCACUAUUUACCACCACUUUUUGGUCCAAUCCCUAUUCAGUAUAAUUCAAAAUCCUCAAAUUCAAUUAGUGAACUUUCAUCACCUUUUCUUGGAAAUGGAAAUCAUUUUAGGAAAACGUAUCGAGCCCCCGCUAACACUUGUUAUCAUCACCAUCUUCAGAAUAGUACAACUAACAAUGAUACCAGAAUACCAUCUAUAAUAAACGAAACAAUCAAGAAGAUUUAA